GCUAUGUCUACUUACUCGUUGCUGCAAUAUGUAAUGUCCACCUUGUUCUUUACCUCCGAUUCUGGUACCCCUCCUCGACGAUUUCAGGCGUAAGCAAGCGGAGAUGAGCCUGGAUCAAAACUUGUUCACUCUCAACGUGACAGUGAGCUCGGAAGGACCGGAUGUCAUCGACCUAGUCGAUCCGGCGGGCACUGUUCAUUAUAGGAAACGAAAGGUGCAGAGCGAGACGUACACCAUCGAACUAUACGAUCCUCUUUCUACAUCCUUGCUUGCCACCGCUACCGCGCCGCUUGCCACAAGCAAGCAGAAGACGAUUCAGCUAUACAACCCUGAUGCAGUAGUGGAGUUGAAGUACACAGGUACCUUGUCUUUCAAAUGGGGUUUCAAGUGGGAGGAUCACGAAUUCGAGUGGCGGCGCGAAGAGUGCUACAUUCUGCGCAAGCCCGACCCUGCUGUUCUGGUCGCGGUCACGAAGGAACCGUCGGGACGACUGAAGACGUCCUCCGUGCAGAUCCUCGACUACAACAUAAACCGCUUCGAUAUCGAUGACCGCAAAGGUCUGGAGAUCCUCAUUCUCACAGCACUGCUCACUUUCCAGGACACCAACGACGCCUACCACUCUCCGCGUCCUGAGGACGUUUCCAACGCGCCUGGCAGUACCAGUACUAGCAACCCUCUGUCGAGCCUUCUAAGCAUCGGGACCAGGCGGGAGGCAAGCAGUUCUCCUUCAGGCACACCCACACCCGUUCCUCCUGCCAUCCCUCCUCGUCCGCCACCGCGCACGGGAAUCGAGCGCGUCGCGGAAAUGCACAUGCUGCGCACGCUCCAGGGCGAAGGCGAGGCGAACGAGCUGGAAGUCAGCGAAGAAGGCGCCGUGGAGGACUACGCGCAGUUUGCGCAGCGAUUAUUGCAGGACGAGGCUAUGCUGUUCAUCACGGUGCGCUCCGCCUCCGCGACCGAAGUCCCCAAGGUGCUUCGGGUGGUGGAAGAGACGAAACGUCUUCGUUACAAGUCCGGUCUACAGGAGGAACUCCAUCAAUACGUCUCUUACGAUACUUCGAACAAGACGAAAGGCCCCCGACGGAUCAACCUCAAUGAUCCGGAUCCGAAGGGUAAGAGUCGUGGCAAGGACGGUUACACUCCUCCCGAGAGCCUCGUCAUACACCUCAGCAAGAUCGACAUGCCCGAGCUACGCCCUCGAGCGGAGGUUAAGGACCCUGGGCCGGAGCUCGGCUGGAUCCCCGACGCGGCGACUGCCGACCUGAACCCCGCGGCGACUCGGAAGGGGAAGCACAAGGAAGACGCGAAAGCGCAGAAACGCGCGGAGAGGGAACACAAGAAGGCGGAGAAGGAGCAGAACCUGGGCCUGAAGAAGCAGCAUGCAAGCACGCGGCCUGCACCGAACAGGUCGACGAAGCCGGCCUCGGCGUAUCAUGCGCCUCCUCACGUACCGUACCCGUACCAACCCUCGCCGUCCCAGCUAAACAAUCCUGGUAUCUACACCGCGCCGCCGUUCCCGUCUCCUCAAGCACCCGGGACGGCGCCGAACGCGCCCAGAUGGAAUGGUCCGGCAGGUCCACCUCCCAAUAUACACUCAAGCACGAUCUUGAGCCCUUGGCUGAGGCGCUGAUCCAGCACCACAUAGCUUCAAUGCGGAUCGGAUCUCAAGUCCCUGCCGCCCACACGAAAGACCUUAUCCCCGCACUUCUGGAAGGUUAGAGGGGCCGUAGCCCAGUCUUGCUGUGCACGAGGCCUUCUGUCUGAUAGUGAUUUGGAGUGCUGCGUCUGGAUUCGCCGUCGCGACGCCACAUGUAAUGCUUAACUUAUAGCAAUCUCUCUGUAUAACGGUCAUCUCGAUAGCAUUUAAAACAACAUAUGUAAAU